AUGAGGCGCAGCACUGGAGAUCGGCAACUGCUCGGAUGAGGCGCGUAAUGGAGGCAGCUGUGGGGCUCUGAGAGGGAGCGGAGCGUCUGCGGUUGUCAACGCUGGCUGCUUCGAAUUUGGAUUUGCAGACCCGCGUUUAAGGCGAGCCCGGAGCAGCGCGGGACGGCGUCAGGCUGUCGCUGGCCUCCCCAUCUGGCGGCACUGGUGAAGUGAAACAAGUCAAACGCUAAGUGCGAGCCUCCCGCUCCCACCGCAGUGAGCUGAGGUGCUUGUUCUGGUCCGGUGGCUCUCGAAGCCCCCGUGUCGUUCCGUGGUAACUCGAGCACGCCGUCUGACUCCCACAGGUGACCGUCCUUCCACGGCCAGCCGUUUAUUCCGCAUGCUGCGCUCGGCAGGCUCUGCGUUCCCACGUCUUCCACCCUUUUUGUCGCCGGCCCGGUUGGCAGCGAGCGGUGUUUGCGCACCCCGUGAACGUGUGGUGGUGGGGAGAGGGGGAUCAGACCUCGUCGCGCAGGAUGAGCCGCUAUCUCCCGCGGAAAGCAGCGGGAGCAUCCGAGCAGCACAGUACGGAGCUCAGCGGGAGGCUGGGGUCAGGGCACUGCUGCAAAUGAAAAUGCUUUGCCGGCUGCAGAGGCUAACUGGGCACGCGGUGGUAUUUUACUACGGGGUGGAGACCUGCGGAGAGUGUUUCUGCAGGCUGCUCAGUCUGCCCUCCUUUUUAGCUGAAACAUCCCCAAGUUCUAAGGGAAAAAAAGAAUAGAAGGGACUUGUGGAGAUCGUCUGGUCCUGCCUCCUGCUCAAAGCGAGGUUAACUUUGAAAUUAGAUAGGGUUGGUCUGGGUCUUGCCCAGUUUUGCGAUCUUGCAGGGAUGGAAGUUCCUUAAAAGUUGCCAGCAGAUCUCCACGGCCUCUCCGGACAGCUGCCUGCAGUCCCCAGCCGGCGCGGAGAUGCCGUUACUCCUCCACCGCCCUGCCCCAAAAGUGGCGGGCGAUCUCCAGGAGCAGGCCGAGAGCAGGUUGGCCUGGCAGCGAGGUGGAGACAGACCUGAAGCAUCCCCACAGCCUCUCCUGGCUCCUGGCAGAAAUUCAGCGCUGCACCGGGACCGCUGGCAUGAAUGGCAGGGACCGAGCACCCUGCGUACGGAGAGGGAAACUCAAGCGUUGUGCUGCUGUUGUGAAAAGUGCUGCUGCCGACCCGCGUUGGUGGGAUCAGGCCGGAGGAUGACGUCCUGAAGAAAUUGCAAGCGUCGACCAAAAAAUACAUCUCCCCAGUACAGAGGAGUCUGCCGGUAGGGUCUAGGUGAAAUCUGCUCUGGUUUUGUGGUUUAAUUCAGCUUCCAGUUGCAAAGCUGAUGUGGGACACUGGGAGGCACCUUCAAAAAAAUCUGAAAUGUCAGCUCCGGAGUCACAUUUUUGACUUCCAAGCAGAGAAGCAAAUCUUGUGACGAAGGCAAUAAAGGACUUUUUGUGCCCUCUGCAGUCUUUGACCUUCGCCUGGAGCGGCAGCAGACCUAGGAUGCUGGAGGCGGCUCUGAGGAGGGCGCGGGGUGGGACGCGGGUGGCUCCGGGGCGUGCAGAGGAGGCGCUGAGGAGGUGCCGUGAGCACCAGCCGCAGUGGCCGGAGUGGUGGAGGAGGCUCUGGAGAGGAAUCGCAGCCUGGAUGCUGCGAGUCUUCAUCUCGACAAGCGCUAAGCUAGGUCCCUGCAAGAGAGUCUCGUUAUUUUUACCCGCUCAAGUGACACUCCACGUACGUGUUUUCUCCCAGAACGCUGGCUUCUGCAGGCACUGCAUUUGUGCUCUUGGAUCGAGUAUUUUGGGAUCUUUUACGAGCUACCUGAGCCUCAGGUCUGUGUCGUGGUGUAUUCAAGUCCGCGUGUGCGGGUGGAGUCUGUAGCAGAGCGUGUUAGUGUCACCUGCUCUGUGCCUUGGGGAUCUGACACAGGAACUUGAAAUUUGGCAAGGAUCUAGCCUGGGCUCUGACAAACGCGUUCUGCUGCUUAAAGAAAGGAAAUUGGCAGAAUUAUGAGUCGCAGUUUAUCGCCACCUCUUUGUAUCCAAGCACAGCAAGCAAAACAAAACAGAGCUGUAACUAUGCAAAAAAGAAUCCGUCUCUAACUCUGCCACCAUUUUAUUGGCUAAGGUGAAACGUUUACGUCGGUGGUCGUGGCCAGGCCUGAUCCUUUAAAAUUCUUUAAAUCACGUCGGGUGCUACAAGCACUGGGUGCUCACUGCUUGAAUUAAACGCGCUGGAGGUCCAAAAACGAAGACCUGCCUGUGUAAAGUUAAGCUGCCCAGUUGAGCAGGUAAUGGACAACGGAAGGAAGUGGCUCUGUAAAACCAAGUCCUUCGCCCUCCUCAGCUAGAAGCGGCGGCGGCAGCACCCGUCAGAGCAGAACAGGCUGCGCCGAGCUCUGUGCGGAGUAGUUCUUGAUGUGGAUACAGCAACGCAGAGUGAAUGUCAGUCCUUUGUGUAGCCUGCUCCUAAGCAUUACCAAUUCUGUAUCGUUGUGGACUAAUUGGGAGCCGUAAGGAGAAGCCAAAACUAAGCUUUCUGGGCUGAGGAAGAUUGCACACACCUACUACUCCAGAUUGCCAGCGUUGGCUUGUCGAAGAAGGGUGCCUUUCAACGCCAGCUCUAUGAAAUAAUUAUGAUCCUGGAAUGAUGAUUACCUGAGAUUUAUGGAGCACUGUCGGUGUCCUUAACGCUGUGUAACCCAGCUGCUUGAAUGUUCCUCUUGCACGUGAGCAUGCCACCGCUUCGGGCAGUAGAUAACGUUCCCCUGUCUACAGACUCGUGUAUCUAUGGGAUUUCUUGCACGAGAAAUCAGCGUCUUGCUUUUAUUUCAAGAAGAGAACUAUUACAGAGAGUAUAACCCGCUGCAGAAGUUUGUGCAUCAUUUCCAACAGCCUAGUUGUGGUCUCAGUGGGAUAAAACUCACUCCAGUCAGUGCUAUUUAAGAACGUAUUUAUUCUCUGAAUUUAUGUAGCCCUCAAAUUGGGUUGGUACUUCUUUAGUUUUUCUUAGAAGUGAACAAGGAAUUCUGAACAGAAAAUACAUAAUUUUGUUUGGCUUCUGUUUGCUAUAUCACUUUUUAAUGCUUUUUUUUUCCUCUGGCAGAGUUCACGCAAUCAAUCAUGUCCCCGUUAAUGCAUAGAACCAUGAAAACAGAUUUUAGUUAAUUGCCAUUUGUUAACAAUCAACUUUUAUUGGUCUGGGAUUGGCCUUCACUGGAAGAAUGACAUUUGGGGAGCUAGGAAGAAAGGAUAGUCAUCUUUUGUCUGUCAGAGCGCCUUAAAAAGGCAUUUUUUGCCUAAUUUCAGACUGGGGAGAAAGGCCCUGUGCAUGCUUGUACCUACAUGUGUAAUGAAACAGAAAAAUAGGCUAAACGUGCCUUUGUUAAGGUCCUUCACAAUGUCUGGCGUAAAAGACAGGAUGGAGUCAGCAGCAGAGAUGUCGUGCUGGGGGUGGUGGAUGUGGACUUUAAGACAGUGUCUCAACAUUUCAUCCUCAACCGUCUUUUUUUAAUCUGAUUGCACUACAAAAGAAAAGCUGCUAAUGGGAUAAAUGUUGAGACGUUACAAGAACUGACUUGAAGUACCAAAAGCCAUUAUUACCAAUCAAGAAGAGCUCGAAGCUAAGUCUGUAGCUGACCGGUCAGUAUCACAUCCACAGAACAGGCAUGGCAAGUAAACGGAAAUCAACAACACCGUGCAUGGUCUUAGCCAACGAGCAGGAUCCGGAUCUAGGAACGGUGUCAGACGUGGAGGAAGGACCACCCGCAGCUGCGCCAGCGGAGAAUAACCCUACAGCAGAGAGCAUCACAAGCGAGGAGGACGUUCACGAGUGUGUGGAUUCAGACAAUCAGAAAAACACAAAUAAAGUAGAAGGUGGCUAUGAGUGUAAAUACUGUACUUUUCAGACUCCAGAUCUCAAUAUGUUUACUUUCCACGUGGAUUCGGAACAUCCCAACGUCGUACUAAAUUCAUCCUAUGUUUGUGUGGAAUGCAAUUUUCUCACCAAAAGAUACGACGCUCUCUCAGAACACAAUUUGAAGUACCACCCCGGCGAGGAGAAUUUUAAAUUGACCAUGGUGAAACGUAAUAAUCAGACAAUCUUUGAACAGACUGUAAACGAUCUCACUUUUGAUGGGAGUUUUGUUAGAGAAGAAAAUGCUGAGCAGGCUGACCCUGCCGAGGCCCCCUCGUCGGGGAUCUCCAUUAGCAAAACUCCUAUUAUGAAAAUGAUGAAAAACAAAACCGAAACUAAACGCAUUGCUGUUUUCCACAACGUAGUCGAUGACAUUCCUGGCGAAGAAAAGGGAACGGAAAAAGAGCCAAACUCGGAAGAAGUAGUAGAAAACCCACCACUGUCGGUUUCUGAGUCAAAAGCGAGCCACUCGGCUGUUUGCAGCGCAGCAGACGUACCGAGCACGGUGGUGACUCCAGCACCGGUGCUUCAGCCCGGGGUGGCACAGGUUAUAACAGCUGUUACAGCUCCACAGAACUCAAACCUGAUCCCCAAAGUCCUGAUACCUGUAAAUAGCAUUCCAACCUAUAACACUGCUCUGGACAACAAUCCUCUUUUGCUCAACACUUACAACAAAUUCCCGUACCCAACCAUGUCAGAAAUCACUGUUCUUUCCACCCAAGCAAAGUACACAGAGGAACAGAUUAAAAUCUGGUUUUCUGCCCAACGUCUGAAGCACGGUGUGAGCUGGACGCCGGAGGAAGUGGAGGAAGCGAGGAGGAAGCAAUUUAAUGGCACGGUGCACACUGUGCCGCAGACGAUUACCGUCAUCCCAGCACACAUUUCUGCCGCUAGCAAUGGGUUACCUUCGAUUUUACAGACGUGCCAAAUAGUCGGUCAGCCAGGACUUGUUCUCACUCAAGUCGCAGGUGCAAAUACCUUACCAGUGACAGCCCCGAUAGCCUUGACUGUAGCGGGAGUCCCAAACCAAACCCAGCUGCAGAAGAGUCAGAUUCACACUGCUCAGCCCAUGGCAGAAACCAAACAAGUAGCUGCUGUUCCUGCCCCUCAGCCUAUCAAAAACGAAACCGCGCUAAUGAAUCCUGAUUCCUUUGGCAUGCGAGCGAAAAAAACAAAGGAACAGCUGGCAGAAUUAAAAGUCAGCUACCUGAAGAAUCAGUUUCCUCAAGAUUCGGAAAUUAGCAGGCUUAUGAAAAUAACAGGCCUGACUAAAGGAGAGAUCAAGAAGUGGUUCAGUGACACGCGCUACAAUCAGAGGAACUCGAAGAAUAAUCACGGGAUUCAUCUCAACAGUGAUUCGUGUGCCACCAUUGUUAUUGAUUCAAGCGAUGAAAUGAACGAGUCCCCAACAGGAGCCGCUCCGCAGAGCAAGUCAUCGUGGGGUGCAUUUCCUGAUUUCACCCCGCAGAAGUUCAAAGAGAAGACGGCUGAACAGUUGCAAGUCCUCCAGGCAAGUUUUCUUAAUAGCCCUGUCCUUACAGACGAAGAGAUGAACAGGUUAAGAGCCCAAACCAAACUUACCAGGAGAGAGAUUGAUGCCUGGUUUACAGAAAGAAGGAAGUCGAAUGUCUUAAAGGAAGAGGGAACCGAUGUGAAUGAGAGCAAUGCCAGCAGCUCAAAAGAGGAGGCUGGAGAAACAUCCGUGGGAGAUGGAGCAGCAGGACCAAAAUCAGGGGGCUCCACUUCCAGCAAAAUAGGCAAAAAAUCCCCAGAGCAGUUGCACAUGCUUAAAAGUUCCUUUGUUCGUACUCAGUGGCCAUCCCCGCAAGAAUACAACAAGCUGGCAGAAGAAACGGGGCUCCCAAGAUCAGAAAUUGUGAGCUGGUUCGGAGAUACUCGCUACGCCUGGAAAAACGGCGGACUGAAGUGGUAUUACUAUUACCAGAGCGCCAACGCGAACAGCUUGAACGGGCAAGGCUUUGCGAGGAAGAGAGGGAGAGGAAGACCAAAAGGGAGGGGGAGAGGGAGGCCUCGAGGGAGGCCUCGGGGAAGCAAGAGGUUAAAUUGCUGGGACAGAGGCGUGUCUGUCAUAAAAUUCAAAACUGGAACAGCAAUCCUGAAGGACUACUACAUGAAGCACAAAUUCCUUAAUGAGCAAGACCUCGAUGAACUUGUAGCCAAAUCUCACAUGGGGUAUGAGCAGGUCAGAGAGUGGUUUGCAGAAAGGCAAAGAAGAUUAGAACUUGGAAUAGAGCUCUUUGAGGAGAACGAGGAAGAAGAUGAAAUGCUGGAAGAUCAGGAAGACGAGGAAGAAACAGAUGAUAGCGAUACUUGGGAACCUCCCCGACAUGUUAAGCGUAAACUCUCCAAAUCAGAUUGACGCACAGUUUGGGAUCUGGGAGCCAAAAACCUGUGAAUUAGGUUUGAUCUUACGGUGAAGAGCCACACAAUUUUUCCUGGCCUUCAGUUUUAGCAAGCACCUGCAAAGCAUCUUACUUGCACCCGAGAGAACAUGGGCAAGAUGCUACCCGUGCAGGCGACGAGCAUUUGCUUCCUUGCUACCAGAGAUGGACAUCCUCAGGCCUAGCCUGGGACAUGGGGUUAUAAAUCAGCUCUGGUUCAGCUCCUCCUCUUCCGCAUUACCGAUGGGAAGGUUCAUCAUUCACAUGACUGCUUCUCAGUAUUUAAUUGCCUUAUGUUGUUUAAUUCCAAAAAAACACAAACCACCACAGAUGCAUUUUUUUGUUGUUGUAGGAGAACAUUGCCUGCUCACGAAGGAGGAAAAUACAAAAACCUGGGAUGUGUUUUUGCAAACAUCACUUCACCUGAAAGGUUUCAAGGCCUGGGUUUAUUUCUUAAGGAAAGAAUUCAAAACAAAAGAGAAGGGGAAAAGUGUGGCAAAGGAAUCAAUGAACCUAGGGGUGAGGAUUGCUUGGUUUAAGAAAACGAGGUGAUAUUGCACCUUUUGCAUAUCUUCAAAGUGUUUUGGGUUUACAGAGCUUGUGCUGAAAUGUUUCUUGCUGAUAAUUGUGAGCUAACUGAAUGAGUUUAAUGCUAGAAGAUGCUUUUCGUUAAAUUUAAUCAGUGUAUCCUACAUCAAUUUAAUUUAAAUGCCUGACAGACUUGAUGCAGUUGAUAGCAACAUUCAUUUUUAGCUUAUGCAUUCUUUACUUUGUUGGAAAAUGGUAAGAAAAGUAUUUAUGUUUCUAGCUAAAAAGACUAAUUUCUUGAAAUCUUACACUGUAUUUUAAGGUGAACAUGAGGCAGAAACUGCCUGUUUUCAUUGUUUCAGCAUUGCUUACGGUUUUGUAAGAACACACAGAUACAGAGGCGAAAAGCGUCUUCAGGUGCUAGUAAGAAAGGUUUUCAAGUAAGUUGUGGCAAUGACCUGCUUUAUAAUUCUCAAACAAAAUGAAGUUAUAUGGCUUUUAGAUGGUUAGGAAUGAUAAACACACCGGUGUUUAAUUGUUCUUUAGCGAUAGCCCGGUUGAAUGUUUCACGUGCAAGUUUAACCUAAAAUUCAGCCUAAUGGAUUGAGCUUGCCACUGCGCUGAUUGCUCUUAGGGCUGCUGGGUGAACACACGUAUUUAUAGGGAUGGUUCGAUCUACCUGAACCCCAGAAGUAGUCGAAUCGGAUAGGGAGCAUCUGCAUCUUGGAUGAGUGUCUAUAUUAAAAGAAAAGAAAGGAAAAGAAAGGAAAAAAUGCCAUUUGGUCUCGAGGCAGUGAAGUCAUAGUAGCGUUUGGAUAACCAACUUAAAAACGGUGGGCCAAAUUCACAAAAGUUUAGGCAGAUACCUGGCAUUCUAGAGUAGUGGUACUCCAAGGAAGAGUAGUUUGUGUUCGUGCUGCUGUCGGUCUGCGUUUUUUAGGGGUAAGUUGCUCUAUAUUUAGAUGUCUAAAGAUGGUAAUGCACUGGUGCUGCUGUAACCAGCAUUGUCUGCUUUUACAUGGGCACUAACAGAAAGUACGCUAGCGAUCUCCUUUCCAAAUCUGUCGACAUCUUCUCUGUAGGCAUUUGCAUCUGUUGACCUGUGAGGGAAAGAUUAGCAUAGAGAAAAUGUGUCCUAAUGUUUCCACAUCUCCAAGAACCUAAUCUAGAGUUAUUCUUUCUUCCGUACUGUGAUAACUGUCAGAAGACCAAGGAAGUCUUUUCAGUGAUGAUUUUCUGAAGCAGAGGAGUUCAUAUUACAUCUGAUUUUCUAGCCAGAUUGUGGGUGAAACCCAGGUCGGAACUAGAGAGGGAAUAAUGUCUGACAAAUGUCUGUGAGGUGGUGUCAGAGAGAUCAGGAUCUGGCCUUCCCAGCAGGGGCUGCUGCAGGUGGCUGGGAGGUAUGGUUUGGCAGGUGACGGUGUGGGUGAGGCUGUUGGAGGUAGCAGCAAAUCAAAGAAAGAUCUGCGUUAGCUUCAAGCUCCACUGGGACUACAGGGUCAAAAAUCAAUGCUCGAUGGGUGGGAAAGGACAAAACUAGUAGGGAAAGAGAUGCUAUUUUUAAGUUUCUGAAAGUAUUAAAGCAAAUCCUUAAACUCCUUGGGAAUAUGCCUCCAGCAAGCGAAUUCUGGAGUUGCCUUAAACCUUAAGGGUGAGCCAGAAUUAAUUAAAGAAAAAAACAAAAAACACCCACCCAAGCAACCCGUGUAAGCAUCUUCAUUUUUGUUAGCAUUUAGUUCAUCACUAAAUCUAACCUUCUUUAAAAGAUGCGAAAAAAAUAAAGAUCCAAGUUAAUUGUAUGAUUAAACUGGGAAAUUUUCCAUUUUGGCAGUGCUCUGUUAAAUAACACUCAGCUACAAUGUUAGGCCUUAGCACAUCUGGUCUGAGAAACGCAGGAAGAGGAAAUACAUUGUUUAUCAGACUAAAUAUAGUUGGAUUGGACGUCUUCUUUGAGUAAAAUGAUCAGGGAGGAUGCCUGACGUAUACUGGACCAGAUUUUCAACUGCUGUAAACGCUAUAGUUCCAUGUAUUGCAUAAUAUUGUUAUAACAGCAUUUACAGCCCAUCUCAUCUCUUUGCAGAGUACAGAAUUUAGAUUAAACCACGUGCUGUGGGCCGGAUAACGAGAGGUGCAGGGUACCCCCAUUUCCCUUAGGCUAGAUGCACGUUGUAAACCUUUCAGUUGUGCCAAGGACGAGAAAAAUCUGGGUAGGUUCAGUCCUGAAAACGCCGGUCGUAUGCACUUGUAUCACUCACAGUCUGCUAUUUUUGUUGGAAAAAAAGAGCCCAGUUUAUUUCAUGUUUACAGCACGUGUGUAUUUGCACUGUGGGAGACGCUCACCAGAGGCUCCUGCAUCAGAGCUGAUAGGAAGAGCACUGGAAGGAGCUGUUGGCAUGCUGUUGGCUGUCGGGAUGCUCUGCUUUGUCUGUAGACCCUGGUCAUGGCUGGCGGCAACCCCAAAGUGCUGGUAGCAGGGGUUUAGCCGAUUCAUCUCAUCUGAUCUUAGGCCACAGUGCUCCUAACCAUGGUGCCCCAGGCACCUGAGAGAAACAGAAAUUGUGGAGGGGGUACGGCACAUUCUCGUUCUCAGCUGAUGAGGAAUCUGAGCAGCGCUGUCCUAAACACCAGAUCUGGCUCAGGGCUUACCUCCGGGUUGCUGGUUUGUUCUCGGCCUUCACUGGGAGCACUGUUUCAGGAUCCAGCCCUGAGCGUCAGUUCCUCUGGAGCUAAGGCUGAGCUUUUUUUUCUUCUGCUGUUUCUGGUAAGAGCACCUGCUGUUACGAUGCUGGUUAAUGUUGUCUCUGGAAUUCAGAUGAAGCCAGGGUGAAGGUAAUCCUUUGCUAGAAUCGAGAGGGAGAAGGGCUAAAAACACGCAAGCAGUGUCACAGCUGCUGAGGCACUCACUGUCCCUGGAUCAUGCUGCUUCACGGCAUGUUUUACUCUUCCGAGUACAAUGAAAAAGCACAGUUCUCUCUAAGCAGUGCUGAAUUCCCAGUAUCAGCCUCAUAAUGGCCCUAGGGUUGGUGUUAGUUGUAAAGAAAGUCAGAGACAUCCCCCCUGGGGUUUGAAUGGACUAACGGAGAGCUGGCUUGGAAGGAGUGGGAGAAGGGAAAUGCAGAAUCUUGACUCCGCAUUUUCCUCGCCCUGCAGAAUUCACUUACCUAAAACUUGAUGAGCAAGAUGAGUUUUACUCGUGCUCUUCUGACACAACAAGUAUUGCAGUCACUCAUGUUUAGCAUGCACAAAUCCCUGCUCUGAUCUGAAAGCAAAGGAAAGAUACCUGGUACCCCGUGACUAGAAUUGUGUGGAUUAUCUCUAAUACACUAUAGUAAAUCGGGCCGUUCCAUUUUUGAACCUUGUCCAGUACCAUUUUUACUGUUUUUUCACAGCAUUAUGUGCAAUAUGGUUGCUAGCUGUAACUUUGAUCAUCAGUAAGGAAACUCAUGCAAUGUCCACGUGUGACGUGAAAUAAUUUUUCUAAUGCACGGCUUGCUGACUUUGGGUAAAAAAGCCUAUUGUCUUCCUGCUCACCAAGGAACUCUGAGGCAGGCGAAUGCUCUCCCUUCUCCUUCAGAGCAGAGGGAGGAUUUCUGGAGCCCAUACAAAGGGAUUCAAAGCCUGAUGCAGUCCCGUGAGCUAGAAGGCCCCAAGAUGCAGACACUCUCCUCCUCCUCCAUCUUCCUCAGAAGUGAAAGCACAGCAGAAACUCAGACAACAAGUCCCUGGCUGCUGAGGAACUAAGGUGUAGUUUAAGGUGGGGAGCAUUUUCCUUUUGCACUUAAUGGAGUGCUGUGUAUCCAAGUUGGAUCUCAGUGUUUGCUCCUGUAAAUAUGGCAGCCCCAAAUUGUGUGCUCCACCACAUCCUCCUCUCUAUGUUCCUAUCUCCCAAGGAGAGAAGAUAAUCGUUAAGCUUCUGUAAUAGGAAAUAUCCCCGCCCUUACCCGAAGGCACAAAGGUAGAGUGCAAUGAAAUGUAGUUACUUUCUUUGAUUUAAUUUAUUAUUUAUUGGAAAAUACUUUUGCCUGCAUUCAGUAAUAAUGAGGAAUUAGUAUCAGUGAUGAGAGAGCAGUAAAACUGCUGAAAGUUGUUGAGAACGCCUGGGAUGAUCGUGUCAGCUGGGGAUAGGACAGGCAAGCGCAGGGCUCGGUUCCCUACCCUGAGCAGUGCUGGGUUCCGCCUGUUGUAUUCCCCGUCGAUGAUGUACUGGGAUGCUUUUGAUGUACUGGGAUAAAUAUGUUUGGCGAGCAGCGUGACACAAACUUAGCGGGUCAAGUGACUGGAGGUUUGGUGAGGUAUUAAAAUGCUGUAGGAAAAGAUUGGAAAAUGAAAGAUGCAACAGUGAAAAGUCCUCUCAAUAGCUAUUUAUACACACUCGAUAGCUGCGACUUCUGUGUCAUUAUCCCACUUGUGAAAAGGGAGCUUUUGAAGCACGGGCAGGUUGCCGACAGUAUUUUCAAGUCUAAUGGUCUGAGCUUUUCUUUUGUCUAUUUUUUUUUUCCUGCUGCAGUGAAGAGCAUCUGCACUUUUUCAGUGGAUACUCAUAGAAAAAAACUGACUCACCACAACGUUUGAAAUGUUGGGUGGUAGCUGAGGAUCCCGUAGCACUUUUCCUGAGUUAAGGGGGGAUUCGUCUGGCCGUGUGCGCGGAUGCCUGCAGUUGAGCAGGACACCACAGCAGCUGGUCAGCGUAGCUGACGAGUGCGAGUGGGCUCAUCCCGAACGCCUACAGCCGGUCAGACGAACUGCGCCCCAAACCCCGCUGACUGUGACAGGCGGCUCGCAGGCAGACACUGAUGGGAUGGUGCAGACACCUGAAAUUUGGGGAGAUGAAUCGUCACCUUGGAGCGUGCCGGCUGGGUGGCAGCGCUGGUCUCUGUGUCCUGUCGGGCUUCCGUUGUGGGUAGCAAUGGUACUCGCCUCCACCCCCUACCUGGCACGCGUGGGGAAGUGUGAGGUCUUAAUUUUUGGUUUUGUUCUUUAUUCUAGAGCAGAUAGCACUACAGUGGCGGAUAAAGUAACUGAUCCUGGGUUGGCGUACUGUGGCAUAAAUACGGUUUUCGGGUUGCCAAAGUAUUUUAGAGGGAAUGUUACUAUCUGAACAUUGGACUGUGCGUACCUAAAAAUGUGUUGAGGCGUAAUAUUUGUAUCCCAGUUGAUCAAAGCGUUUCCUUAUGCUUAUUCAAUACUAGAUACCUAUCAUGAAACUUACCCUAAAGAAUCUGCUAGAAUGACAGAAGAUUCAAGCUGCCAAGUCUUCACUUGUGAUACGAAACAAUCAACCACGAGAGCUCCACUCUGAUUUUGCAAUGUUCCCCUUGCCUCCAGUUCCAGCUUACAGAAGUGUUCCCAAUCCUGCUUAGUUGGUUACCUGCAUGUAUGCUUACAGUUUGUACAGAAAUGCACUAAAAUGAGUUGCCCUACCUGGGAAGGCUUUAUAUUGUACAGAAAAUGUGGCACUAGGUACUGCUCUUCAUGUGCACAGGAGAGUUAACAGGUGUCGAUCUCGUUUACAGAAAAGAUGGAGCUUUGCAAUUUUCUAUAAUAUAUUGCAAUAUAUUUAAAUGUCCUGUUUGACAUGUGAAAUGAAGCUAAGUUAAUGCGUUGUUAAUGUAUUUGAAGUAUGAGGAAGACGAUUCACUAACGACCAGCAAGGUUUUUAGAAGGUGUCCAGUAUGUAGCAGUCUGUGUGAUGUCUGGUGUAUGUGCUGUUGUUAACGGAAGCAACGAUGCUAUUCGCGUUUAGAAUGAAGAGUUUCUGAUGAAUGAUGCAAUAGCUUACAGUGUCUUUCCUUUGUAGCUGCCCAACGUGGUGAAGGGGAAGCAAUUCUUGAAAAAGUUCAAGAAAACUGGUUAACUGUGAAUGGGCCUAAACUUUCGUGAAACCAAGAAAAUAUUUGGACACACACAGGACUUGAAUACUCAAAAGGAUUGGAACUUAGUGUUGUGCCAAAGUUAAAACUACUGCAGUUGGCAGAAGUUCUGCACUGUAAAUAGAAGACUGAUUAAAAGACAGCUUGUAAAAAAAAAAAAGAAAAAAAAAGGAAAAAAAGAAAAUCAAAUUUUAAUACAGUACAUUUUUAUUCUGAUACAUAAUGGAAACAUUCUGUUUUAGACCUUUUUUGAAGAGGCUUCAGUGACCACUAGAUUUUGUCCUCUUAUAUUUUGUUUGGCCUAAUACUAUAUGUUCUAGUAAGAUGGGCUUUAUUGCCUGUGUUCUUUGAUAUGUGAUUAAGCUUAUAGCUUGGAGUGACCAAACAUUUUACAGAGUAAAAGUUCUUAGAAACAGUAUAAUGUAACUGAUAUUUCUGUGUCUUAUUUAUCAGGCUCUGCACAAACUUGGAAAGUUGUGCCGGACUUGUACAACUCAUAUAUGGGAACGCAGCAUACUUCUUGAUAUUACAAACCUAAGCCUUUGUGGCAGUAUGGAUCUCGUCUUUGGAUUUAUUUUUGUUAUUUUUUUGAGGCAAAGAGAUGAAUGGAUGCUGCUGUAAAAUAUUUGUAAUAUUGCCAUUAUUGCUUUCUGUAGCAAUUACUGCUUUUGCUUCAACAGAUAAAGAAAAUAAACCAGAGAUAGAAAAAUCCUACAAGAAGCUGGUAGAAGAAAGGAUCACGUGGGAACUUCUGAAAAUAAACUUUGUACCAAAAAAUUUGCAAACAGAAAUAAUGGAAUAAAUGUCUCCUUACUGA